AGCUUUUAAGCAUGAGACAACAUGUCUUGCUCUUCUUCCAAGUUUUAUUCUUUCUCCUAUUCCUACAGGGAUUAAAAGGCCUAUUUAUUCUGCUCCUUUGGCUCUUUUGGAGGCAAUGAAGAUACAAGACCUUGUUGGUGCAGAAGAUGGGAGACAGCCAGAUGGCGUAGACGUGUGGAGCAAAGAGGAGUUCCCGGAAAGAAAUGCCCUGGCAGACCUCCAUGGGGACUCUUUCAGCCCAGAAGUUCAGCACCAGCUUUUCCGGGAAUUCUGCUAUCAGAAGGAUGGAGGCCCCCGGGCGGUUUGCCGCCAACUCCACCAUCUCUGCUGUCAGUGGCUGAAGCCAGAAAAACACACCAAGGCUGAGAUGCUGGACUUGGUGAUCCUCGAACAGUUCCUGGCUGUCCUCCUACUAGAGAUGGGGAUCUGGGUCAGAGAGGGCAAGCCGGAAUCCACUUCCCAGGCUGUUUCCCUGGCGGAAGGUUUCCUCCUGAGCCAGGCAGCGGAGAAGAAAUGGGCAGAGCAGCUGGAAUUUUCAGAAUUCUUCUUUGACUUCUCCCAGACACUGGACACUCCCUUAGACCCAAGACAAACACCCCUCCUUUUGAAGGAGGAGAAGGGCGAUCGGGACAUCUUGCUAGGUAAGCAGCUUGUCAGCAUAUUUCUACUUGGUUCCCUUUCUUAUGCCUUUCCAGAUUCAUGAAUUGC